AUGCUUCCCGGACGGCACUGCAUUUUCUGGGGCAUUGUGGUACGGCUCGUUGAUGCCUUUCCCGGUAGCGUUCCGUUGCUAGAAACGGUUCCACACAAUCAGAACGAACAAUUGGAUCGCGUUGUCGCACAGAUCUUUGCUACCAUCAACCAUAUCGCCAUCGUGAAUAGUUUGACCGGCACGGAUGAGCGUGAUCGGCAUGUAUUGCAACAAAUGCUGCAGCACCGCACGGUGCGCUGGUUCAACACACCGCCUGCGAUCCUGUGCGGGCAAGAUUAUGGGUACGACACCGAGUGCUAUGCCGCAAAAAAGCGUCCCAAUCCUUCACCACACUAUCAACCGCAGGACGCACCGUCACAGCGGGAAGGAUACAUCAUCUAUGGUGAUUUAUCGCAGACGGACAGCUACGAGUGCCUGUUCGAUCCAACCGGUACGUAUCUGGUGGUAAACGAUCCGUCCCGGCCGUCUUCGGCACGCAUCGAACGGGUGCAGCUGCUGGCAACACUGCAACGAAUCUGGACGGAACGUGGCACCCAUCGGGUUUAUAUAUGGAUGCUGGACACACUGUACGGGUACGAUCCGUUUCAACCGCUCGGCAAGGAGUCGGAAUAUGGCGCCCUGGUGGAGUUUGGUGCAGGCGACACAUUGCCCACCGUACCACCGGCCAAUUUCGCUGGCUAUCCCUUACGCAUAGAGGUGUUUCGCUCGGUAUAUAGCAAUCCCGUGGCGGACGUCACGAAACCGGGCCCCUUCGCCUACACCGGUGCCGAUGUGACAGCGCGCGAUGUUUUCUGCCGGGUGCUGAACGCUACCGUGGUGCAUGUUCCGGCAGAUAGAGAUCUCUUCGGUGACCGAUUACCGAACGGUAGCUUUUCCGGCGCCCUCGGACGACUCGUACGGCGCGAGGUGGACAUCGUGUUUACCGGGUUCUUCAUCAAGGAUUACGCCACGCGCAAUAUCGAUUUCACCGCCGGGCUGUACUCGGACGCGGUAUGCUGUCUGGUGAAGAAGGCAAGCCGCAUACCGGAAGCGCUACUGCCGCUGUACAUCUUUCCCGGUGACAUUUGGGCGCUGCUGUGUCUGCUCGGGCUGUGCUGUGCGUGCGUGUGGUGUGUGUUGCGAUGGUGCAUCCGGGUGGUGCAACCACCGGCCGCUGUCAGCCUGUGGUCCCGGCGCCAUCGGCUGGCGGUACUGUUUAACCACUCGCGCACCGUACGGCAAGCCGGUCCGGGACGCCAAACGCUUCAGCUCUACAUCGACACGUUCAUACUGCUGGUGAGCGCACCGUAUCAACGGUUUACCCGCUCCGGGGUGGAACGUUUGUUUCUGUCCGGUUUGCUGCUGGUCAGUCUCGUGUUUGUGUCGCUGUACCAAUCCGGCCUGGCGGCGGUAUUUGUCAAUCCGUUGUACUAUCCCGAUAUCGGUACGCUGCAGCAGCUGGAUGCGUCUGGUAUGGUCAUACCGGUCAAAUACCGCGGGUUCAUCGACGAUGUGUUUGCGGUGAACUACAGCCGGCUGAUGGAUUCACUGCGCGCCCGUAUGCAGCACCUCCCGGUGAAGGAGUCGAUGCUGGCGCGCGUCGCCCGGCUCGGCACCAUUGCCACCGUCACGCGCAAGACAACGCUCGCGCUGGACAACGCAAUCUACAUGACCACGCGCCAGCUGCACAUGAUACCGGAGUGUCCCCGGACGUACAAUCUCGCGUACGUGAUGCCGCACCGGUCCGUGUUCGGCGAGCAGUUCAACAAGGUGCUGCUGCGGAUGGUGGGCGGUGGCCUGAUCGAACACUGGAUCGAUGAGGCACGGUACGGCUGGACGCUGAAGGAUUGGCGCGUCGUGCAGGGUAUGAUGGAGUCCAACUUUAAGGUGCUUACCGUGCUCGACAUGCAGUUCGCGUUCUACGUGCUGCUAAUCGGGCUUACACUCAGCGCCGGUACGAUCGGGGCCGAGUUGGUUCACUUCCGGCGCACACACACCGGCCGGGAACAGGUGGUGUGCAAAUAA